UCCGUCCACGAUUGAUAAAUCCUCAUUAAUAAAUAUUUUGCUAAUUUGCCGUUUCCGACACAAUUUUUGUAUGGAUUCUCCACCCCAGUUUUUUUAACUGUGUGAAAAUUAUAGUUAAUUAAGUAGGUAGUUAAAUUUAACGGGAAGGCGAAGGUGAAGAUUUUUACCCUCGUCCAAACUAUGGCGUACAGACGCCUCGCAAUUUUCCUCUUAAUCGGAUUCCUCUUUGCCCUCGUGGAAUCCAGUUCGCUCGAAGUGUCCGCCGAGGAUGAUGACGAUAUUAUCGAGACGGGCGACCCCGUCGUGGUCAGUCGGGCUAAGAAAUCAGCCGAUUAUUAUGACGAUGAUUAUUAUGAGGAUGACGAUUACUCGAGUGAGGAGGAGGACUAUUCAUCCUCUGAAGAAGACAGCUAUGAAGACGACUAUUACGGAGGGUCAGAUUCUUACGAAGAUUACGGUGACGAUUACGGUGAAGAUUACGGUGACGACUAUGGUGGUGGUGGUGGUCGUAGUUUUAGCGGUGGCGGCGGCGGCGGCGGUGAUGAUGCCGUCCCACUUUCCGAAUUAAUAGGACAAGCUGGUGGUGGUGGUGGGGGUGGCGGUGGCGGUGGACACCAUCACGGCGGCGGACACCAAGGUGGUCGAUCUCUACUCGGUGGCGUGGGUGGAUUACUGGGGGGAAUCUUGGGCGGAGGUAAGCGCCCUGCUACGACGACGGUGACGUAUAAAUUGGAACAAGCCAAGCAGCCGAUGCCCGUCCUCCAAAAUGCGGACAUCAGCCAAAAAGCGUUGGCAACCUCGUUCAUGGACGCUGCGUUAAAGGCGAAAGAAAAAAUGUUGAAGAAUUUACCACCCGGGACACAGUUGGAAGAACCACCACCUCCGGGAGGACUGUCUCUCAAGGACUUGGAAAUGGGGACAUUGGCCAUGUUGGACGAUGGAGAUAUGGUUCACCGCUUCCCGGCAGAUCACCAAGGUCCGGAAUACGUCUACCUCCCCCGCACAGGAGGCAUCUACCUCUUGACCCUCAAACAGAUCGAAGCCAUGUUCGAAGAGCCCGUGCAAGUUAAGGUCGAAACCGUCACCACCUACAAAAACCAAGGCCUCCUCCCCGAAGUGGGCAACCUCGUGGGAAACCUCCUCUUCGGGGGAGGGGGACGUAGUAUGGGGCAUUCUAAGAAGAAAAAAUCCCGCCAUGGCAAACACCGCCACCACAAAAAGCACCACAGAAAACAUGGCCAUCGUUACAAACGGUCCACCUUCCAAGCGCCAUCUCCCGCCACGGGGAGUAAUGAGAUUGAAGCCUCGGCAGAGCGGGAACAGAGGGAAAAGCGCGGGUGGCUAUUGGGCAACGGGGGGCAAGGCGGGAACGGGUGUCACGGCGUGUUUGGCAUUGUCGGCUGGAUUUUGGGGAACAAAAAAGGUUGCGGUGAAGCCGAAGAUACCGUCACAAUUAUUGGCGCGAACGGAGGUACCAUUAUGCCCCCUGGUGUGCAAGUUGAUAAUCCGGGUGGUUAUCCGCCACCAGGUUAUCCACCACAAGGAGGUUAUCCGCCGCAAGGAUAUCCACCACAAGGAGGUUAUCCACCACAGGGUUAUCCACCACAAGGUUAUCCACCACCCGGUUACCCACCUCAAGGUUACCAAGGAGAAGAACAGAGAUAAAGCUUCAAAAAAAUUAUUCAGGAGUUAAAUUAUUUAUUUAUUUAUCUAUCGGCUAUUACAUAAUUUAUGUUGUGAAGAUUUAAAAAAA